AUUAGAUAACAACUAUAUUUUAACCACAAUAAAAAUUUAAAAAAUGGGACAACGAUUUUCGCAUAGAUGGAAACCGUAUAAAUGUCGUAUUCAUCAAAAUUGUCCUGAAGUCAUUGAAAUUAUCUAUCCUGAUGAAGAUGUUGAAGAACUCGAGAGAGUUAACGUGGCUGAGCACGAAAAGACAGCAAACGUAAAUAAUUUAACCAGGAAUUCUUAUUCAGAAUAUAACGAAACUAAUAGAAUAAAUAAAUAUGAUAACUAUGAUUACAAUGAGAUUGAUAGAAUGAAAGUAAAGGAAAGACAUGACAUGGUAUCAAAAGACGGAAUCCUGAUAGAAGAUACUGCUUACAUGAACAGACAUCUUCAUAGAUCGCAUUCAUUAUACAAACAUAUAAGCUCAGCAGAUGGUGGUGAUUUUCAGUCUUCCGUGUCAAGUGUUAAGGAUCUAGCAAAACAAGGAGGAAAUCUUUCAUUGUUGAAUAUACAAUCCAGUCGUCCACUAGGCUUACCUAACCUAACAGAAUCGAUAUGGGCAAGGGAAACGAUAAGCAAUCCAGUGGCGGUGAUAAUGCCUUUGAAAAUGACCAAUGGGAUAGGUCUAUCGAUAAAUUAUUAUACACUGAAACGAAGAGAACACCUUUAACGGAUGCUAAUAUUACUGAUUUUUCAUCGGCUGGAAACUAUCUCGGAUUAACGAGUGAUUAUCUUAGCAUUAAUACAGAAGAUUAUGCCAGAAGAGAAUCUAUAAACGGUAGUACAGAUAUAUUACACAAGGAUUAUCUACAUUUGUCAUGUUAUGAUGCAAAUGAAAAGCACUCAUCUGUCACAACUUUAAGAGACCAAGGCAAUGAAUUAAGCACAAAUAUGGAGACUAUUGCAUCAUCAAGAAGAAAAUACAAGUCAAAAUCAUUUCUAUUUAUAAAUCCUAUACAGAAAAUUGAUCGUCCAUUGUCCUGUCAUCUGCAAACAUCUUCUCCGCCUACUCCACCUCCUGCUCCUCCUAUAUCCCACCCAGAUAUGAAUGACAUGAAAAUAGGAGAUGAUAAAGACUCUGAAACAUUACAAUGUUUAAGAAAAUCAAAAAGUUUUAAACAUAUAGCAGGUGAUUCAAUAAGUACAAUGUCAGUGAAUGAUGGUACACUCACGCCUAAACUUUUAAAUAAAGAAAAUCUAAUGAAAUCAGAAUUGCAAACAAUGCAUACAACAUUGAAUACCACCACCACCACAACAACAACAAAUUGUUUAAAUGAAUCAGUAAUUAAUUCAAAAGACUGGGAGAGAGAUUCAAAAUUAAAAAUAGACACUGAUAAUUUAUUUAAUAUUGAAUCAGAUAAUCUGUCAUUGUUAUCAGUACAAGAGCCUAUACUUCGUUUAACAGCUUAUUCACCGAAAUGGUUGAAUAGAUGUACAAGUAAUUUAACACUUUUACGCUUACAACCAAAUAAUACGCAAAGUUUAAAGAAUAAUCUUCAAAUUAAUCAAUUUUCUGUAGAUUAUAUUGAAAAUAAAUCACCAUAUGAAGAUAAAAUUAUCCCUGAAUGUUUAAAGUUAUUGGAGAGCAGAUAUUUGCUUAAACUGCAACAAAAAAAUUGUACCUCAGUAUCAUUAUCUCCAUUUAAAGUAUUCACCGGUGGUAAUAUUACUAACAGAAUGAAUGACACCACAAAAGUCAACAGACAUUGUAUAACCCCUGAGGGUCAAUUUGAAGAAGGAAUCAUAUCAUUAAUCAGUCAACCAUUACAUAUAUAUAAUUAUUAUUUUUGGAUACAUUAUGAACCAGCGAUUGAAAAAUUAUUUGAAAAUCCUAAUGAUCGUCGAAUAGAAUCUAUUGGACGUAGAACAGAUUGUUAUAUUCAAUUAACUAAAUAUAUCCGUAGAAAUGCUAAAGGUUUUAUUCAAAUUAUGGUCAAUAUUUUAGCGCCAACUGCAUCAGCUUUACUAAAAUGCUGUAAGCUAUUCGAUGACAAAUUUCCAACCUUCUAUGCUAGUGCUAAUCUUUUACUUGAAUAUAAUGAUUUAAUAGAUUUAACAAAUUUUCGUGUAUUUCUACCAAAUUUACGGAAGAAACUGUCAACCUUUAGUCUCUUACCUACUACUGAUUAUCUUUAUAGUAAUAUAUACAAUGAUUUUUAUGAUAAAAAUAAUUGUAAGCCAAUAUCAAAUCGACAUAAACUUUUCUAUUCAACAAAAUCCUUAAGAUUUAAACCAUUUAAACAACAACUGAGUCAUACUACUGAAAGAAUAUUAAGUAGACAUCGUCGACAAUAUUAUUAUUCUCGACAGAAGGGAAUUCCAAUGAAUUCCAAUUGUCAAGGUGAAAUGAUUAAAUUUCUACCGCUUUCUUGUACACAGAGCUUAGAUUAUUAUUUUACACAUCAACAACAACAACUACCUUUGUCUAAUAUUUAUUAGUAUUCAGAUGAGAAAAACCUGAAAGUAAAACAAUGAAAAUGAAAGAGAUUGGAAACAGACAAGCUUAAAAAGAUAUAAAGACAAAAUAACUAAAUCCAAUUGUGUCAAGAUAAUCUAUCUAUCUACUUUGUUUUGAUUUUAUCAAAUUUUGUUUUAAUGAUUCAAUAUUAACGAAAAUGGAAUGACCUUGAGCCCGAAAAUUCAAAUUAAAAAAAUGGAAGCGUGUAACUACAAAGGAAAAAUCGAUAUUAUCUGUACAGAACUGAGGAAAGGAAAGUGUACAUUCUGUAUUUGUCUUUUCCUAAUUUACACUUCAUUAAUUAUGAUUUCAUUACUUCUCUUGGUAAAGAUGAGAACUAAUGUGAGUUAUAUAGUUAAAGAUGAUUGAAAAAAAACUUUCCUGAAAAUAAUUAAUAAUUAAUGAACAAAACGAAUUUGGGUGUGUGUAUGUGUGUGCGUGUGUGGGUGUAAUUUUCCAUUGUUUUCACUUCUUUUAUUCUUCAGUCUUUUGUUGUUUACCAGUGGAUGGUUGAGACCUGAUCAGUUAUUUUGUUCACAUAUUGUUAGCUUUGUUGACAAAUGGAACUGCUCUUCACUGUAGUCUAUUUACCCAAUUGAGAAGUUUGCUGUUGAUAGACCUAUAGGUGUGUCUAUCUCAUUGUUAAGUUAUAUGUGUAUAUAUACCUUCAUGUAUACGUGUAUGUAUGCCUCAUGAACGAAAUAAGUAUUACACUGGGUGAAAACAAUAAUAACAUAUUUACC